GCAAUUGCUUUUCUGAUUCUAUUGAUUCAACCAAACAUCAUAUAGCAACUGAACAAGUGCAAAGUAGACCAUUUAAACGAAUGGGAUUGAUCUGGACUUCAGAUAAACCAUUGACACAGACAGAAUUAGAACAAAAACGACUUGUGUAUUGGGAAACAGCACCUACAUUUGGUGGACGCAUGGAAAUAUGGCAGGCACUACAAGCUGCUUUUUCAGAAAAUGAUGUUCGGUUGGCUAGAUCGAUUUUAGAAGCUGCUCAUGUCAUUUUACCCAAUGGUAAUCCAUGCGACGGUUGUUUUGAUGAACUAGGCUGUGCUUAUCAAGUUCCAGUGUAUUGCAUUGUACCUCCUACGAAUUUGAUACCAGACACAUGGAGACAAGCCAGUCUGUCCAUUCGAGUGCCUGCACCGAAUUGUGAUCAAGACCCGUUUCCUAUCACUGUACGAUUAUCCAAUCACCAAGAUAAGAAGGUGACCAUCAGUUCCACUUGUGAAACAGUCGGUUCACUUAAAACGCGUGUGUUUGAUAUAGACGCGUCAAUGACAGAUAAGACACACAGAUUACGCUUUAUUUAUUUAGGUAGGAUGCUUCAAGAUAAUAUGUUGAUUGAAUGUCAUUCAAAAGAAACAGAGUCUUUUGUUUAUUCUGAUCAUCUACAAUUAACACCCGAAAGUAUCAUUCAAUGUAUUGUCACUCAAAAAUAAAACACGCGUAGAAAAAAAAAAAAAAGAAACGCGACAUGUAACC